UCGAGGAGAAGAUUUUUUUCAUUUUCAUUUCAGCUCCGAUAACGAAGCUUAUCAGCCGCGGUCACGUGUGUCCCCGGGGUCACGUGGUGUGCGGGCUUCACGGCAGCAGCAGCAGCAGCAGCCGCUCAGACCGGAGAGUUCAGCCUCCACCGAGCCUCCACACCGGAAGGUGGACACCAUGAACUAUGUGGGGCAGCUGGCGGGCCAGGUGCUGGUGACAGUGAAGGAGCUGUACAAAGGGAUCAAUCAGGCCACUCUGUCGGGAUGCAUCGACGUGGUCGUGGUGCGACAGCCGGAUGGGACGUUCCAGUGCUCCCCUUUCCACGUCCGCUUUGGAAAACUGGGAGUGCUGCGCUCCAGAGAGAAAGUGAUCGACAUUGAGAUCAAUGGAGAACCCGUGGAGCUCCACAUGAAGCUUGGAGACAAUGGAGAGGCCUUUUUCGUGCAGGAGACAGAGCAAAAUAAUGAGGUCGUUCCCGCCCAUCUGGUGACCUCGCCGAUCCCCACAGAGGAGGCUCUGUUCAGGAGCAGAGAGCCCAGAUGUGUGGAGACCAGCCAGCCUCUCGGUCCAGAUGACCCGUCCCCCGGAAACCUCCAACUCUGCGCCAACUCGGCCGGCAAGAAGAAGAAGAGACGCAGGAGGAAACACAAAGCUGAGCCACGCAAGGAGGAGCAAACGACAACAUCUACAGGAGGGGAGCAGGAGCUGUGUGAGCUCAGCUCUGAUGAAGAGCAAAGUGCACACAAUGGACGAACAUCUUCACUGUCAGUGAUGAAGGACAACAUGGACCACAGGCAACAUUCCCCGCUCACCGCCCUUGAAUGGGACAGUUAUCCUUUCUCUGAUGGAGACUGGUCUCCCUGCACAACGGACGUGUCCGAGCCCAUGUCGCCCAAGAGCGACUCUGAGCUGAUGGUGAAGCCGACAGAGAGCAUGCUCAGGGCCGAGUCCCACAUGCAGUGGACCUGGGGGGAGUUUCCAGAAUCCACCAGGAUCAACAAAAAGGACAAAUUGGAGCUAAAGAAGUUGACCAUCACCCCCUCAGAGAACACACACUUCAGGGUUAUUCUGAGCUCAGAAGCCAUGGAGGAAGACUCAAGAGGAGAACAGAGAACAGCAGAUUCCAUCUGCAGCAUUGUAAAACCAGAGCCCCGGACCAUCAAACCGCAGCCUCCUGAAGCUUCACUACACGAUACGAACAUCACCGAGCCCAAACCAGCACUUUCAGAUUUAAUGUCCAGCAGCUUUACCUCAAAGCCAAGUCACUCAGAACUCAACACAAAUAACGUGCGCAAAACCAGGUGGACGUCUUCACCGCCAAGCCGCAGGGCCAACGGAGGAAGUAACCCAGACGGAGACUCAGCAGCUGUUUGUUCUGAUACAAGAGCCUCCCCUAAAGUCACCGACUCACCCAACAAGAGGAGAGGUGUGAGGAAAAGGAGUCAACACCAGGGACCUGAAGACAUUUACCUGGAAGACCUGAAUGUACUUGAACCUGACGUUGCUGCUCGGUACUUUCCAAAAAGUGAGUCUGAGCAGGUUCCUAAACACUGGGUGGAGACGGGACGGCGCUCUGGAUCCCAGUCGCCCCAGUCGGUGGGCAGCGCAGCAGCAGACAGCGGCACCGAGUGUUUGUCCGACUCUGCUGGCGAUCUGCCUGACGUCACGCUGUCGCUGUGCGGUGGCGUCGGAGAGAACUCAGAGAUCCCUAAAGAGAAAUUCAUGGAGCACAUCAUCACCUACAACGAAUUUGCAGAGAAUCCAGCAAUCAUCGAUAAUCCCAAUUUGGUGGUUAGAAUCGCAAACAGGUAUUACAACUGGACGCUGGCAGCACCGUUGAUACUUAGCAUGCAAGCUUUCCAGAAGAACUUGCCAAAGGCGACAGAGGAGGCCUGGGUGAAGGAGAAAAUGCCAAAGAAGCCUGGACGCUGGUGGUUCUGGAGGAAGAGCAGCGUGAAACAGUUAUCGUCAGAGACCAAGUUAGAGCGACAGGAGUCUCUGACCAGAGAGAGUCCGGCCCUCCACCAGGCCCCAGAAACACAGCAGAAAGCAGCCGAGUGGUCGAGCGAUGACGAGACUAAAGAGCUGAACGCCGUGGCUCCUGCUCUGACACCUACUGAGCGCGUGCAGACAGAAGGCCCGGCGCCGGCGCCGUGUCACUCUUACAAGAAAUCCCUCCGCCUGUCGUCUGCCCAGAUAGCCAGCCUGAAGCUGAGGGAGGGACCAAACGACGUCACCUUCAGCAUCACCACCCAGUACCAGGGAACGUGCCGCUGCGAGGGAACCAUCUACUUGUGGAACUGGGACGACAAGGUCAUCAUCUCCGACAUCGAUGGCACCAUCACCAAAUCAGACGUGUUUGGUCAGAUCCUUCCUCAGCUCGGUAAAGACUGGACUCACCAGGGAAUCGCUAAACUCUACCACUCAGUGCACGAGAAUGGCUACAAGUUCCUGUACUGCUCGGCCCGAGCCAUCGGCAUGGCUGACAUGACUCGAGGCUAUCUGCACUGGGUGAACGACAGAGGGACCCUCCUGCCUCAGGGGCCCCUCAUGCUCUCUCCAAGCAGCCUCUUCUCUGCCUUCCACAGGGAGAUCAUAGAAAAGAAGCCUGAGAAGUUCAAGAUCGAAUGCCUCACAGACAUCAAGAACCUUUUCUUCCCAAACACACAUCCCUUCUACGCUGCCUUCGGAAACAGAGCGAGCGAUGUGUUUGCCUAUAAGCAAGUGGGUGUGCCCGUGUGCCGGAUAUUUACAGUGAAUCCCAAAGGGGAGUUGAUCCUGGAACAAGCCAAAGGCAAUAAAACAUCAUACAGCCGGCUGAGUGAGCUGGUGGAGCAUGUUUUUCCUUUACGGAGUACACAACACAACGCCACCUUCAGCUGCCCCGAGUUCAGCUCCUUCUGCUACUGGAGAGAGCCCAUCGCCGAGGUUUGCUUCGAGGAGCUGCUUUGACUCAAAACAUCCUCGGGUUUCUUACUUGAAAUCAGCUGAGUUUCUCUUCCAACUGAACGCACUCGUGCAAUACCGAUGACGUUUGUCAGUUUUGUCGGCCGCUGAUGUCGGCUUGGACACAUUCUGCUUCGGUGGAAAAGUUUGAGAUGUGAAUGUUUCCCAUAUUUUUUUUAUGCGCAACACAAUCUUCUCAAUUAGGGGUUGAUUCCCUUCAUGCACUUGUAAUCUUUGUGUCGGAGCCACACGGACUAGUUUUGGCUUGUGUCAAAACUCUGACGAAUGUGUCGUUCUUGCCAUUUGCACAGUUUAUGUUACAGUACAUAGAAGUCAGCACUUAUUUAGGCAGCGGAGGUGAAGAAAACUGGCCAACGUGGAACAAAACUACUGACUGUAGUGCUCCUUUGAGAACCACACGGUGUAUCGGAGCUGUGUGUCGUCCUUUAAGGCCUCAUUCGCUCUGUAACCGUCGUAUUUAAUGUAUUCUGCUCCAAAGCUCAAGGACUUUGCACUUAUAUGCUAAGAAGUAAAGUGUGCUCAUAGAUAUUAACUGCAUUAGUGCAAUUUAGACAAAAAAAAAUCACUUUCUGAUGUGUAGAUAGCUGCUAUUUGGUAAGUUUUUUUUUUAAAUCAAUAGUUUAAAUUAGAGUGUCCAACUAUUUUUGAUGAAUCCUGACUCUUUGCCAGAUGUUGCUGUUGUGAAAACUGCAGGAUGUGAACGUCUGUCUGUCUGUAUUACUUUCACGCUCAGUAACAGUCAAAUUUACUGCAUUCUUUCUAUGAAAGUGAUCGACUUUGUGUGAAGAAACCACACAGUAUUUUCAUAGUUUUGUUUUUGAAGUUCACUUUUCAAUAAGGACCCAUUUUGCUGCUGCUUCAGGUCUGUUUCUGUAGAUUGUUGUGAUUUCCUCGUAAACCGGUUUACAUUAAGAUGUAAAGCACAAUGGAUGUCUGGAGGUUUUCAUAAAUAUGUUGGGACUGUUUGAGAGGUGAGAUUUAAAAACGUGAAUCAUUUUUACAGAGCGCCAAAACUGUCGAUUUUGCUGUACAUAAACUCUAAGCAUAGAAUAUUUAAUGUUUGUACAGUAUUGUACUGAUGAACUGAUGUCUUAUGUUGGAUGAUGCUUUAAUAAAACCACUGUAUUUAAAA